GAAGUGUUCAACGACAUUGAAGCCGCAAAAGGAAAAAAAAAACAAAACAAUGGGGCUUCUUGCGACACUUGCUAAAAAUUUAGAUACGCUACUUGGGCCGGGCGUUAUGCUUGUUUUCCCCUUGUAUGCGUCAAUGCUAGCAAUCGAGAGUUCUACAUCAGAAGAGGAUCAACAAUGGCUUACCUAUUGGGUUUUAUACUCGUUCAUUACCCUUUUCGAGCUUUCCUUUUGGAAAGUCCUCCAAUGGAUUCCAUUUUGGCCCUACUUGAAGCUUUUGUUUUGUAUGUGGUUGGUGCUACCCGGGAUCAAUGGGGCAGCAUAUGUAUACGCAAAUAUAGCAAGAAAAUAUGUCAAUGUAGGGGGCCGUGUGAGCUCUAAGUACCCAGAGGGACAACGUAAAGUCCUCCAAAUGAUGAGCCUUGAUGCACGAAAGUCAGUUGAACGCUAUAUCGAGAAAUAUGGACCAGAGGCAUUUGACCGAGUUGUCAAAGCGGCUGAAAAGGAAGCAAACAGAAAAUAAGAAGAUUUAUGGGCUUUCAACUUUUAUGAAACUCCAUAAAAGCUAAUUAUGUUCUAAUCUAUGGCAUUAUUCUUGUAAUUGUUUGGUAUUCUAUAUUUUUUAUUACAAUUAAUUUGAAUGUUCCAAUAGUCUUUGCCUAUGUAUUUACCAGUAUAUAUAUUAGUAUGUUAAUUUUUUUUUAACAA